UUCCGUGUAUAUAUACGUUCGUGUUGAAGACUGGUGUUUCAUUUCUCGACACCCAGAUUCUAAGAGUACAGUCUUAAUAAUUCGUCUCAGCUUAAAUGUAUCUUUAAUUUAACCACGGUAUGGCGUUUCUGGGCGUCCUGGUCGUUGCAAGCCUUUUUAUUGUGAGUCCAGUUCUGUCGAAGAAAGAAAAGUCUUACACCGCGGAGAGUUGCAACGAGAGAUGCCAUAAAAAACACGGGUACAUCAUCAUUCCCUUGAUCGAUGGAGAAGAAACAAGGGAAUGGAUGACAAGUGGAAGUCUGGUGGAGAAGGAAGAGAAACCAACCUCAAAGUUCCUCAAAAGAGUAACCCUGAAAAAACCAACCCCGAAAAAAUCAACCCUUAUUUGUGAUUGUAAAUUCAACCCCUAUGUGCUUAAUCAUAUAGAAGAUAAAGGUCUCAUUCUCGAAGACUUCUUGGGAUGGUUCAAAAAGGCCCCAUGGAUGGGCAGAGGCUGGUUGAGAAUAAAGGGGAUCAAAGUCAAGUUCCCAGAAAAUUCAAAAUACAAUAAAGACCAAAAGUAUCCUGUUGAAGGAAAUCAGGACCUUCCACCAUUUGAUUCUCCUUUUCAGCUUGACCACCAUUCACAGUCAUUCUCCCACCAUUCAGCCGACCAGCCUUUUUUCCAGCUUGACCUCACAAAGUUCCAGAAAUCACUGCCUCGAGAUAAUUUAGAGGAUGACCUAUCCGAAGGUGGGAAGAUAAUGGUCGAAAACAAGUUCUUUAAAGAUUUAAAACACAAUAUGGACCCAUCGACUCCUGUUAAAGGAAACCAGGACCUUCUAUCAUCUCGAGUUGAAAAUUCCCGUUCUCAGCCUCUAGUCAACGAUAUCAAGUCCAUCCGCUCAGCAUCCCGAGGUUCACAGGAUGAGCUUUCAUCACGCGAAAAGAAAGCGCAUCAUUUACUGGUACAGUAUGACCGCUCACCACCCCGAAAUAUGAAGAUCGAUUUACAGCAUAGCCACUCACCAUCCCGAGAUGGGAAGUCCGUUUUACACCACGCUACAGCGGGCCACUUAAAAUCAUCCGACGCACUGCUCGACUCUGAAAAAUUUCUUCUUCAUUAUAUUCCAACGGAACAAUCAACAGUGGAAUGCAGCGCUAAGUGUCAGGUUCGUGGCGGUUACGUACGCGGAGGAGAAGCCAAACACCGUUACUCUCGCGAAGGAGGAGCCAAACACCGAGACAAAAUAGACCUCCUGGUUGGGAUGAUUAAUGAUACCGAGCAGGUGGAGACCUGUGUGUGUAGACUCAACUUCGUCCUGAUUCAGAUGGUGAAAAGCAAGGACUUCGACGCGGAGGACGUGCAAAAAUUCGAGGAUUUACAAGAUAAGCCUCUGGUUUCUGUAAUUCACUGGUUGAGAAAGCACGGAAUUGAGGUCCAUACCCACAAAACGCCUUCCUUUAAACAGUUCUUAAAAACGAAUAGCAUGCGCGGCUCCGAAGUCCAGAACCCCAAAACUCUCUAACGAUGACCGUUUGACGCGUAUAUGACUAGCCCCUCUCAGUCAUGAACGUUACCGUAUACCAAUGGUUGGUUAGUUAUAAUUUACGACGAUCAGCAACCAGGCUAUUUACAUGGGAUUCAUAUUCCAUAGGAAUUGAUGAUUAAUUUAAUCAUCAAUUCCUAUGGAAUAUGAAUCCCAUGUAAAUAGCCUGGUUGCUGAUCGUCGUAAAUUAUAACUAACCAACCAUUGGUAUACGGUAACGUUCAUGACUGAGAGGGACUAGUCAUACACGCGUUAUCAAUGUACGCGUUUAUAUCAAUUAUUGAUCGACCUCAGUGGAUAGACAAAGAUUUUAAGAACACUUUUGGGGAUAAAUGCCUUAAAACGUGAAACUUAACCGGAUUAUGGUUGUUUGUAGUUGACAGUGAACGCUAUGUAAUUAUGAUGUAAAGAACGCUUUAAAACUGCAAUUUCCAUAAUUUUUCUCCCUCCUGCAAUAAGAUCUGUUUUCUUGUGGACGGUGACGAAUAAAGACAUUAAUGUACUGAACCCUUAACCAACCUGUUAACCUGUAUGACUCAUUUUGGUGUAUUGUUGUGAUUCGGAAUUUUUGUUUAUCAUGCAUGUCAAAUAUAGUCUGUUCUGGUUAAAGACAUUUA